AUGGGGAUUACAGGGCUCCACGGCCUGCUCAAAUCAAUCCAGAAGCCAUGUAGCCUGCGGAAAUUUAAGGGCCAGACACUUGGUGUCGAUGCCUAUGGAUGGCUGCAUCGCGGUACUGUCGCCUGUGCCAUCGACCUAGCUCUCGACAAGCAAAAUACGAAAUAUGUCGAUUUCGCCAUGAACCGCGUCCGCAUGCUGCUCUACUUUGGCGUAACUCCUUACCUCGUCUUUGACGGUGAUAACCUCCCGAGCAAGGCCGGAACGGAGUCAGCCAGAGCCCAGCGGCGCGAAGAGAGCAGGAAACUUGGCCUGGAAUUAUACCGCUCCGGCCGGGUGGCGGAGGCUCACCAGGAGCUGCAGAAGGCCGUCGACGUGACGCCGUACAUGGCGCGUCUGAUGAUUGAAGAAUUGAAGAAGCUGAAGAUCCAGUAUGUCGUUGCGCCUUAUGAGGCGGACGCGCAGCUGGUGUACCUUGAGAAACAGGGUAUCAUCAACGGGAUUAUCUCGGAGGAUUCAGAUAUGCUGGUGUUCGGGGCGAAGCGGUUGUUGUCUAAGUUGGAUAAGCAUGGGGAAUGUGUGGAGAUUAAUCGGGCUGAUUUCACAGCAUGUCGCGAUAUUAGUCUUAUUGGUUGGACAGAUGCCGAUUUUCGGCUCAUGUGCAUUCUUUCUGGUUGUGAUUAUCUGGCGAACUUGCCCAAAAUGGGGCUCAAGACGGCAUAUCGCAAUGUCAGGAAGUACAAGACCAUCGAGAAGAUUUUGAAGAUGCUUCAGUUUGAGGGAAAUGGCAUCCGAGUUCCCCCGCAGUAUCUGGAGGAUUUCAAAAAAGCAGAACUUACCUUCUUAUAUCAGCUGGUCUUUUGUCCGCUAAAUAGGAACCUAGUUACUCUUUCGCCGCUUCCUGCCGGUGCGAAGUUGGAUAGCAUGCCGUUUGUCGGCACGAAUAUCGAACCGGACAUGGCAAUUGGAGUUGCAUGCGGAGACCUAGACCCCAUGACCAAAGAACCAAUAACCUUGAAACCGUCAUACCCGGAGAGAUCGCGGUUGGCUAUCUCUAGACGACAAACACUCCCAGCCAUGUCAGAUUUGAAACCAAGCAAACCGAUAGACACUUUUUUCACGCCAAAACGUGUUCCGUUGGGCGAGCUGGAUCCGAAUAACCUCACGCCAUCACCUAGUCAGCAGCGGCUUCUUGAAGCGAAUGCCCGACGAUCAUGGGUUGCUAGCUCGGCACCAACGAGAGGGAAUGGCCGUCAGGCUCCACUGUCGACUUCCUCCCCGUCCACUUCCGCACGCGCUUUCUUGCCCCAAACCACAGAAACGCCUCUAAGUAGCGAUAGGGAGAAGUUUCUUGCCAGUGCUUCGAAAGUGUCGAAAUUUCAGCCUGUUAAACGGCAACGCCUUUGUUCUGACGCGGAUGAAGCGGGAGCUGAGGUUGCAGCCGCUGUAUUGGGGUCUGGGGAGCGCAGUCGUUUCUUUGCGGGUACAGGUAAGAGUACAACAACUGGGACCAAAAUAGCUGGUUCGAUUGUGACUAGUAAUCCUGAUAAAGCACGUACGAAGAAGGCUAAGAGGGCCGACUUUGGGGUGUUCUCAGAUGAGGUGGUUGAGGAUAUCAUGUCACAGCUUCCUGACGGGGUGAGUCAGGGUGAGUCACCGGAUGCGAAUGGCAUGAAUAAUGUGUGUGAGGACGGGGCUUCGACUACACCGUCAAAGAUGGAAGUCGAGGGAAGAUCCAUGGAGGAUAUAGGGUCGAGUAUCACUGAUGCACUGUUAAGCAGAAGUGUGACUGUGGAAGAACCCACGGCUACUACGACCGGACUGACGCCGGCGAUGACGGGGAUUUCCAUGGGAAGCAGCGAUUCCCAAAUUUCUACCAGAAUGCUUGAGUCUGGAGUUCUUGACGAUGAUGUAUCUGUGAAUUCUUCCUUGGGCCUCCGUGAUAGGUUCGCCUAUGUCGAAUCGAAUAAAUCUGCGGUUUGUCAUGGGACCGAUGUGAAGAAUGAACAGGUUUAUCGCGAAGAUCCACAUCAUGGAUGGGGAGGAAACGGCGUUCUUGAGAAGAGCUCCGGUCCGCAUGUUACACCACGAGAACAGCUGCAACCGUCCCGGGUGACCCCGUUACAAAGGUUGGGGCAAUUUGCGCUCCAUCGGUCGAAGUCUAUGGGUUCUUUGAGCACAAUGAAACUAUCGCCGUUUGACGAAAGUGGGAAUGAUAGGGAUGAUGAUAUCGUUAAUAAACGUAAUGGCAACGGAGAUGGUGAUACUCCGUCUCGCUCGGGAUCCCGUUACUCGAAAUCUGCAAGCUCGGGGGAGGAGUGUUUAUCAGGGGAAGUGAUGAAGCACCCAUGUCGCGGCAGUGAAGAUUUAAUUAUUCCGGAUAGUGAAGGGGAGAGUGAGGUGGAGGUCGACCUGGGUGUGGAUGUGGGGAAGGAGAAAAACAAAGGAGCCGCUGUUGAUCUCCAGCGGUUCCUGUUCAUGGGCGGAGGGUCGGUGUUUUGA